AUGAAAGAAUAGCUCUAAACAAAUUAAACAUAUGGUACUUAUUAAUCAUUAAAUUAAGACGAAACUCCUGCAGAAACUGUGUUAGAACGAGACGUUUAAUAAAACCAAAUGAAAUAUUCAAUAGCGAUGUUUUUAUGUGGUCUAAUCAAUAAUACAGGAUAUGUGUUAGUAGCCACUUCAGCCUAAUCAAUUGCCAAACAUUUUGACAAGGAAUCCUUUAUGAGUGCAUUCAAUUUUUCUUUAAUCUUCCUAUCCAUUGGAAUGGUCUUCAUGAAUGCAAAACUAUUUAUCAAAAUAUAACAUAAGAAAAGAAUUUAUGUUGCUAUAUCACUAUCCGCUGUGAGUUUCAUUAUCAUAGCAGUAUGCACCACAAUUGAAUAGGAUUACGCAUUCUACAUUUCCCUCUUAGGAGCUACUUUGUGUGGUUGCAUGUAAUCUUUUGGAGAAGCCACAAUGCUUGGUUAUAGUAAAUCAUUUAGCUCAUCUUUGAUUGGAUUUUGGAGUUCAGGAACAGGAUUUGCAGGAAUCUUUGGAUCCGGAUUUUUCUUAGUUCUUAGAGCCCUUAAAUUUACUGAUUUCUGGAUAUUUAUAACAGCUAUUCCCUUUUUAUUAAUAUAUCUAUACAAUUUUACAUGGUUAGAUAACAAAAGAAAAAGUUUAUAAAAAGUUUAAUUGGUGGAGGAGGAAGAAGAUGAUAGCACAGACAACUUAUAAAUGAGUUUUGAAAACAUGAAAUAUGUCGUUAAUUUAGCAUGGACAUACUCCUUAAAUUUAGGAGCAGUCUAUUUUUUUGAAUACUUUGUAUUAACUUGUUGGGCAGAUCGUGCCAAUCCAGCCCAAACUGAUGGAAAUUACUUUUAAAAUAAUGCUUAUGCUAUUCUGGCAUUCUGUUAUUAAAUUGGUGUAUUCGUAUCAAGAUCAUCACUCAAAAUUAUAUAAAUUAAAAAUGUUACUUUAUUAACUAUCAUUUAAGGAGUCAAUUGCGGAUUGUGGGCAGCAAUAGCUAUAGCAUAUUAUUAUUCAAAUUAUCAAUUAAAUAUUGCAAUACAAAUUUGUUUGAUGUUAUGGGUUGGAUUAAUGGGAGGAGCAAGUUACGUUAAUGUCAACUAUCUUAUAGUUUCUGGAACAUUCUUGCCUAAAAAUUGUAAAGAAUUGUGCAUGUGCAUAAAUUCUAUGACAAAUAAUACAGGAAUUAUGUUUGCAACACUGUUCGCUAUGGCAAUCAGUAAUUUUUGGCUUAAAUGA